ACUCUGUUCAUGUUCUGUUCGAUGUGAACUUCCUUCACAAAUUGCUCAAAGUCUUCAACACUGGCCAGGAUUGAUGUCUGUAAAACUAUGGCGUAGCCCAUUAGCUCAGGUUACUUGGGAUCAGUUGAAUUAUUGAUGAAAUGUGUAGCAGUUUAUUGUUUGGCUUUGCUAUUGUGUUGCUUUUGGCCGAUGUUCUGCAGCUUGUGAUGAACUAGGUGAUGCAGGUAGUUGCGUGUUCAGUAAUUUCAAUCAAAGAUUCAGGUCGCCACUUAUAAGCGGUCUGUGGGAAAGGAUUUUGCUUUGUGCUUUAUGGUAUGGUGUAAUGUAUGAUAUUUUUUUUAUGGUUAUUUCUGUUAUGUGCAAAUUAAGAUCUCUCUGGAAUUAACCACUGUGGAUUUAAAUACAGUUUUACAUAUGGAUGUCGAUCUGCAAUGAGCUUCCCUUUGAAACCGCUAGUUUCUCAUACUGAUGCACUCCAGUCUUGGAAAUGGGUCGAUUUACAAUGACAAAGUUUGGGAUGCACACUUAAACCUACUGAGAGCAUGGUUCUCAUUUGGCACUUUUGUAGUUCUGUUGUUUUCUUUUGGAUUAUGCUGUGGACAACUGUCAGCGCCUAUUUAGCUAAUCAAUUGAUUGUUUUAGUUUAUUUUUAAGCUAAACAUUCCCGGAUUCCUGCUUUUUAAGUUGUGCAUAUUUGCUGCUUUUUGUUUUUAUUUUGUGGUAGUAAACUGCACAUCUUUGGGUUUUGGUCGGACAAAACAAGCAGUUUGAAGAUGUUACCCUAAGGAAAUUGUGAUGGGCACUUUUACCUUUUUUUAUGACACUGGACCAAAUUUUAACUCGAUUUAAUUGUUAGAAUAAUCAGCAAAUUAGUUGAUAAUAAUUUAGCUGCAGCUUUAAUUUGUAGUUCCCAUUUAAAAACAAUUUAGCGUAGUUUGGGGGCAAACUGCCUGUGUGAAGCAUGCUCCUCGAUCUGGGCUUUGCUCACCACUAAGUGUUCGCCCGUUUUAUCCUCAGCAGUGAAGGAGGGCUAAGCCUGCCACAGUGCAUGUUGGGUGUCAUUGGUAUUAUUUUAAGACAUCACUUAUGUCAUAUGAUGCUGAUUGAUCAUUUCUCUUCUUCUUACAGGGAUCCCUAAAGGUUGGCACUAGAACAACAUCCAUGAAGUACAUUCAGCCAGACGAGUGUGAAAGAAGUGUUCAUGAAUCAGAUCACAAAAUACCUCAACUCCAGGAGACCCAGUUGCCCCGACCAGAUGAGCCUUUAGACGAGACCAACCUGAAUGGGUCCAAACCAAAAGUUCCUAUUGAGUCAUUGUCCCACAGCCAGUGGCAGCGCAGCUCUGACCUGACUCCUGAGGCCUGGCAGCAGCAGGUGGACCAACAGCUCCAACAGCAAGAAACCGAGCAGCAGGCAGAGUCUUGGGGCAACCGCAACCUUCCUCAUCACGGUUCACACCAAUCUGACUCCGUCUUUAAAGACAGCAAAACCUUGAUAAUAAAAAACGUGAAGCUCACGACCACAAUAGAAACUAUCCUGAAAGCCUUGGACCCCUUUGCAUAUCUGGAUGAAAGGAAUGUUCGCCUUGUCAAGGCCAAGCCACCAGGAGCCAAGUGUUUCUGCUUUGUUGACAUGGACUCCCAUGAGCAAGUCACACGUCUGGUUGAGCUCCUCACUAAACCCAGACCCCUUUAUAUCGAUGGAGUCAGAGUUUAUGCCGAGGUGGCAAAACCUCUGAAGAACCAAAAUUUCAGAAGAGACUUUGAUAAACCAAACAGUUCCAUCCUUGGGAUUCCCCCUGAGCCCAGCAUAAUGGGGCAGCCGUUCCCACAACCUCCACAGUAUUUGCAACCUCUGCAGCCACCCGCUAGUGCCUCCGCCGGAAUGCAAGGUGAUUUGACUAUUACUACUACUACUAAUCCUGCUCUGUCAGCUCUAUCGGCUCUGUCAUCAGACCCCAGCAUUGGACAGGGAGUUUGCUUAAGCGAGACUCCAGCUGUGGAUCCGUCGUUCCAGGCUAGUGGACCCCAUGUGCCCACAGAAUCAGCUGCAACGACCGCAGACGGAUCGCAGCCCUACAUCUAUGGUGAGGAACAUAUCAAGCAUGACACCAACCCAGUCGCUGCAAAAACUGCUGUCAAGGUCUCCACUGAUGCUGGAGAGAAGCAUGCCUUCAGCCCUUCAAAUGUUUCCAUCACAGACCCCAUGACUAUUGCUUUUGGUUUCUAUGACAACUAA